AUGGUGCCACCGCGUGUGGCGCUCUGCGCGCCACGCCGCGGGCUCUGGGGGGAGGCGGGGGCCCCCGGAGGCACCGAGCUGCUGGCGGAGGUCGAGGCGGAGAAGCGCGCCAAGGGCAAGAAGGGCAAGAAGAAGAAGAAGAAGGGCGGGGGCGGGGCGGGCGCGGCUGGGCCGUCGCAGGAGCCCGAGGAGGUUGCCGAGGCGCCGUCGGAGGCAGACGCAGCCGAGGCGGCGAAGAAGGCCGAGGAGGCGAGGCUUCUUCUGCUUCUCGAGACGCUCACCGAGGAGAGGAUGCGGUUCGGCAUCAUGGCGGAGGCGCUGGGAGAGGCGGCCGAGGCGGCGGACGAGGCGAGCGAGGAGGAGACAGCGGAGGGGCAGGCUGCGGCGGCGCGCGAGGAGGCCGAGGCGGCCGAGGCCGCGCGUUGGAGUGCGGAGGCGGAGGGGUUGGAGGAGGCCGCGGCGGAGGCAGAGGCUGCGUUGGCGGCGGAGGAGGCGGCGAUGGAGGCCGCAAUCGCCGCCGCCAAGGCGAGGCGCGCGUCGGUGGCGACGGCGAGGGCCAAGGCAGCGGCAGCCAGGAUGGCGGCGGAGGCGGCCCAGCGCUCAUAG